AUAUACAUAGCUAGCUCGGCCGAUCUGAUCGACAAUGGCUUCCUCCCCGGCGGCCGGGACGACGACGUGGCCGGCGCUGGCGACGACGGCCGUGCUGAUGCUCCGGGGCUGCCUCUUCGUCUUCCUGACCGCGCUCCCGCCCGCGGCGAUAAUGACGCCCGCGGCGGGCCACGUGGUGGAGCUGGACGACAUGCUGAUGCUGGACAGGUUCGUGCGGUGGCAGGCGGCGCACAACCGGACCUACGGCGACGCCGAGGAGCGGCUGCGGCGGUUCCAGGUGUACCGCGCAAACAUCGAGUACAUCGAGGCCACCAACCGGCGAGGGGGGCUCACCUACGAGCUCGGCGAGAACCAGUUCGCCGACCUCACCUCCGAGGAGUUCCUCUCCAUGUACGCCUCCUCCUACGACGCCGGCGAUCGCGCCGAUGACGAGGCGGCGCUCAUCACGACGGACGUUGCCGGGGACGGCGCGUGGUCGGACGGCGACUUGGAGGCCCUGCCGCCGCCCAGCUGGGACUGGCGGGCCAAAGGCGCCGUGACGCCGCCCAAGAAUCAAGGCCCCACAUGCUCGAGCUGCUGGGCGUUCGUGACGGUGGCGACGAUCGAGGGCCUGACCUUCAUCAAGACAGGGAAGCUAAUCUCCCUGUCAGAGCAGCAGCUCGUGGACUGCGACAUGUACGACGGCGGCUGCAACACGGGCUCCUACAGCAGGGGCUUCCGCUGGGUGCUGGAGAACGGGGGCCUCACCACGGAAGCCGAGUACCCGUACACGGCGGCCCGUGGGCCCUGCAACAGGGCCAAGUCGGCCCACCACGCGGCCAAGAUCACCGGCCAGGGCCGCAUCCCGCCCCAGAACGAGCUCGUCAUGCAGAAGGCCGUCGCGGGCCAGCCCGUGGGCGUGGCCAUCGAGGUCGGCAGCGGGAUGCAGUUCUACAAGACGGGCGUCUACUCGGGCCCGUGCGGGACGAAUCUGGCCCAUGCCGUCACUGUCGUGGGCUAUGGGGUGGAUCCGGCCAGCGGGGCCAAGUACUGGAUCGUGAAGAACUCUUGGGGCCAGGCCUGGGGCGAGCGCGGGUUUAUCCGGAUGAGGCGCGACGUUGGUGGGCCUGGGCUCUGCGGCAUCGCGCUCGACGUGGCCUACCCAUACUGAAGGAGAACAGAUUGGGCUUAAUGCCUUGUGGUGUGUCCGUGUAACGUACGUGCUGCAUCGUAUGAAUGCGUGCCAGGCAGUAUUGUAUCUGUCAUAUGCACCGUAUACCGUACUUGUGUCUGAUGGACCUAUAGGUAUAUUGUUGUACGUGUUGGAGACUUGGAGCUGUACCCGUGGAGAAAGAAAAAUGUAAUGUGGACUUUAUUGUAUUAUA